AUGCAACCGAAUCAGCAUUUGAAUGAAAUCUUAACUCUGAACAGCCUUAAUCCCCUGGGCAAUUUCCACAACCUGAUCGAAAUGCCUCUCGUCAUCUAUAAACGAUCAAAUCGAACCCACGCCGUCUUCCCUGUCACCCUAACAACAACGAACUCCCUCGUCACAAGCCUCAUAUACCUCCAAUUCCUCUACUUGAUAUCCUAUAUCGCCCGCCCCCUCGCGUCCUCCGCCCAAGAAUUACCACCCUUCAAAUACCACAUUGAGCGAACCGAGAAGCGAGUAAUAGAUCUCAUCAUCAGCAUCGUCCCCUUCUCGAACUACCGCUCUCCAAACCCAUCAACAAACCUUCACCAUGCAACGAACAACCGCACCCAGUUAGCCGCCUACACAUCAGCAUCCCACCUCACGAUUGAUGACCCCAUGCCCCGACCACCCUCAACAGCCUUCACAACCCCUCCAACAAUGCCACAAUGCCACCCCGAAAGAACACUCGAGCGCCUAUCCUCCCACUCUCAAGAUCCCAAGAUCGGCACCCCAAUCCGCAAACCUGCCGCAGUGGUAGACGAAUUCUCGAAGAACAACGUCUCUAUGUACGACACAGCCAUUGAACGAAUGCCACCCUCAACCCGCACAAAGGUCUCAGCAAUUAUAGACCUUAAGGGGAAAGAGGGAGAAAGAUGCACUCAAACUCCUGCAGCACACUCAACCCCCGCUCUCCUCGCGCGCCAAUCGGCUCACGAACGGAAAUUCCGCGCCAGCAUUGAAGAGCGCAGUGAAGACGAGAAUGAGACUUCCCUGCCUCUGCACCAGGUGCGUAAUAUCUCGGAGACCUUGCAUGCUAUGCCAUCGGGGUCUAAGUCUCAUCUCUCGGGCUUGCACGCGGGACAGAAGUCGCCUAUUGCGUCGCUGCGGUCGUUGACAUCGCUUGAUGGGCCGAUUGAUCUUGCGUUGGCUUUGCAAUCUUUGUCGGAUAUCAGUACUGAGGGGGAGGGAGUAAGGAUGGAUCGGAAGACGAAGUGUCAUUCUACGGAGAGUUAUCCUGGGAAGUUUCCUGUGAGUGAGGGGAUUGAGUUUAGUGGGCUUGCGACGGCGGAGUAUGCGUUUCGUGAGAGGGGGACUACGACUGUGAGACCUUUUUCUGAUUACUAG